CAUAAAAGAUAAUAUAAAAAUAAAAAAUGCCUAAAAAACAUCAAGUACCUACACUACAAGAUCUGGCUCUGAAGUCUGUAAGCAAACUUGUCACUAUGUAUGGGGUAGAAAUUGUGAGACCGUUAACAAUGAUAAAUGCUCUUAAUUCAAAAACAGGGCAAAAAUCACUUCGAAAAUUGUUGACAUCUAUGAAACAUCAGUUAAGUUCUUGUAUACCAUGGCAUUUAUAUGACAAGUUGGCAAUAGAAACGCUGCGAGCAAUAAAGAAUCUUAUAAACGAUACAAAGAAUAAAUUCACAGAGAAAACAACUACUGCUAUGUUCCAGAUUAGUGCAGCUGCAAAUUUAGCUAGAGUUAUUAGCCAUCCAAAUUUAAAACGAAUUGAAUUUAGUGCAUGGCCGAAAAUCAUGCGACAUGUACUUUAUGAUUGUUUAAGCGAAAUGACUGGUUUGGAAGUCUUAGAUUUGGGAUCUGGUUCAGUAGGAUGGAGAACUUCUAUUAUUGAAAAAAUGAUAGUGCUUGCUGUCAGUAAUAUGAAAAAUUUAACUUGUUUUACUCUGUGCUUCGACUGUACAGAUCAAAUCACUGCAACUGUUUGCCAGAACUGCCCAAAACUUCAAAAAUUGGACGUUACAGCCUCUAGAUCAGUAACUAAUCGAAUUAUCCCGUUUCUAUUGAAAUGCCAAGAUUUAAAGGAAAUUAAAUUAUUUAGUACUUCUGUUACAGUUCCAGGAUAUGCUAAUUUAUUACUCAAUCACUCUUGUCUUGAGGACAUAGGAAGGUAUGAUCAGUUUGGCAUUGCAUUAGAAUAUAUCCAAUGGCAUGUCAGUAAUUUCGAUAAGCCAUUUAAAUUGAAGGUAUUUGAGUGUCGUAAUAUGAGUAUACAACACCUUUAUCUACUUGUUGAAAUGUGUCCUUAUAUAAGAAAUCUUUCAAUGCUCAAAGAUGAAAGAAUUAAUGAUUUGUCUAUUUUGUCUAAUCUUAUCAAUGUUAAAGAAUUGAAAUUGUUAUCUUGUGAUUUUUAUACUAAUCGAGUACAAAAACUACUACAAAUUAUAGGAUGUAAUAUAAUUAGUUUACAUUUAGAACAUGUUGGGGAAAUCGAUCUUAGUGCUCUUGUUUAUAUUAGUCAGUAUUGUCCCAAUUUGAGGAAUCUGGUGUUUUACAAUUGCGAAUUUUUAGCUAUCAACUUGGUAGAACAACAAGAAUUAAUGGUAUCUCCAUUUAAAUAUUUAGAGAGACUAAAGUGCGUCAUUGAUUGUGUUGAUACUCAUUUGGAAUUCAUACUUUCACACUGUAUCAAUAUCAAGUUUAUUCACCUUGGAUCCUCUACGGGAAUAGGAGAUGGAACUAUUCAUAGAAUUUUUAUGAAGAAUCAAAUGACAAAACUGGAAGAAUUAAACAUUUUGUAUAGUAACGAUUUAUCUAUGAAUAGUAUACACUUGUUCAUGCAGAAUUGCGAAAAUUUAAGAAGACUUUCCGAACUUGAGAGUUGGGAUGGUAUUUCACAACAAGAAUUGAAGUCAUUUAGAGAACAACUUCAAAUAAACAAUGUUAAUUUAGAUACUAGUCCAACACUAUCUUUAGCUUAA